CACACGCACGCACGCACACACGCGCAGCGCUGCGAGCCAGAGCAUCGCUCCUCCGGUUGCACAGCUCACUUCUUUCGCCUAAGCCGACAAACGACGCGGAGGGAACUGAGAAGUCGCUCUAAGGAGCCGGGAUCGAUCGCGACGCACACCUGGAUAAGCGCGCAGGGAGCAGCGAAGGGGGCCAGAGCGCGUCGGGUUUGGAACGCGUAACAUCAUGCUCGGCAAGCAGCACAUGCUCUUCGCCCUGUACGGCAUCUGCGGGAUCCUGCUGAAAGCGGCGGCAACGAAAAACAAAGUGAAAGGAGCCCAAGGCCAGUUUCCAAUCGUCCAGAAUGUGACGGUGACAGAGGGAUCGACGGCCAACCUGACCUGUCGUGUGGAUCAUAAUGACAACACCUCCCUCCAGUGGUCAAACCCAGCACAGCAAACCCUCUUCUUUGGGGACAAGAAAGCUCUGAGAGACAACCGGAUUGAUCUGAUCCGAGCCUCAUGGCAGGAGCUCACCAUCAGUAUCCGCGAGGUUACGCUCGGAGAUGAAGGACUAUACACUUGCUCUCUCUUCACCAUGCCUGUCAAAACAGCCAAGGCCUAUCUGACUGUACUGGGAGUACCAGAGAAGCCAGAGAUCAAUGGUUUUACUAAGCCGGCCAUGGAAGGAGACCAGAUCACCCUGACAUGUGUGACUUCAGGCAGCAAGCCAGCCGCAGACAUCAGGUGGUUCAGGAACGAGAAGGAGAUCAAAGGGGAAAAAGAGGUAAAUGCCAGCGGGAAGACAUUCACGGUCAAGAGCUCAGUACAGCUGCAGGUGGACAGGAAUGAUGACGGUGUGGCCUAUACGUGUAAAGUGGUCCACGAGGCACUACGUUUUAUCCCACAGCAAAUAACCGAGGUGCUGGAAGUGCACUAUGCCCCUCGAGUAGAGAUCAGGCCUAAUCCAUCACUUCCACAAGAAGGAGAUGCUCUCAAAUUGGAAUGCUUGUCUAAUGGAAACCCUUCGCCAGACCCAGUGAAAUGGACAAAGGAUGGAGGCAAGCUGCCAGACUUGGACCGCAUGAUUGUGGACGGCAGAGAGCUCACUUUCAUAUCCUUAAAUAAAACGGACAACGGCACCUACCGCUGUGAAGCAAGCAAUCAUCUGGGCACCAACCAUGCUGAAUAUGUUCUCUUCGUUUAUGAUGCCCCCACUCCAUCCACAACUCCUCCCCCUGUAGCCAUCCUCCCAGACACCACAGAUCCAUUAGACUUCAAGCAUUCUGGCUCUGCAGUCACCGGUCAGAGAGAUCCUAAUGCUUUGGGGCAGCAUGGUCCAGAUCACGCUCUGAUUGGUGGAGUAGUUGCCGUUGUUGUCUUUGUCACCCUGUGUUUAAUCAUCGUCCUGGGCCGAUAUCUGGCACGACAUAAAGGUACAUAUUUGACAAACGAGGCCAAAGGAGCGGACGACGCCCCUGACGCAGACACAGCCAUUAUCAACGCAGAUGGUAACCACGCACAUACAGAGGAAAAGAAGGAAUACUUCAUUUAGACUGCGCUCCACUCGCUUCUCUCUUGCCCCCUCUCUCUCUCUCUCUAUAUAUAUAAAUAUCACUCUCUCUCAUUCCCUGCUCCAUGUAGGAACCUUGUGUGGCAGCAGCGGACAUUUCUUUACUCAUGCCCUAUGUUCUUUAUUUGCAUCUGUGGGGUUUUUUUUGGUAUUCUUUUCUUUUAUCAGCUUGUACUGAAUCUCACCUGCUACUUUUUCCAGACAUGGCUGCUGAUAAUCUUUGCCUUUUUUUAUUUUUUAAUUCACACUGUUCACAUUGUGUCUGAAAAAAAGUAAAUCGUUGGCCAAACCACCAAAAUCCAGUUCAAUACUUCACUUUAAUUUCAUUCAGACAUCCCCUACCAUUACUUUUUCACAGUGCCUCAAUAUAAUAUAUAGACAUCCAUCCGAGGUUUUAGUCAAUGCCUUCAGUUGGGUUGAGUGUUUUAGGAUUGGCUGCUUGCUUUUUUUUAUCUUCAGCACUAUUAUGAACGCAGUAUCAUCUCUAAUGUAUAUAUGUAUUUUUGUUUCUUUUUCUUUAUACAGUCCAUUUCAACACUGUUGUAAUUUUUCUUCGGUAAAAAAAAUAUAUAUAUACAGGAAAUCUUUUUCUUAAAAAGAAUAGCUGAUACCCAUUUAAACUUACAGAAAAAUGCUGAUCAGUGAUUAGUGUGUGUUUCAUAGUGCGCGUGAAGAUUCACGCAGUCAGACUGAUAGCUCGCACUCGUAUUAACCAGUAUUUGUACUUGAAAUGUAGAUAUUGGCAAGAAGCCUCUAUGAUAGUUUAAGGGUCAUUAAGAGUCAACUGAAUACUCCCAUGUUUUACAUUAUGAAAAAGGUAGCUAGUAUGAUAGAAGUGCAAGGGGUGUAGGCUGGGGACAAAGUGACUUUAAAGAAGUUUCCUUACUUUCCAAACCCAUCAAGUUGCUAUGUGUAUGUGAAAUACUUUGUCAAUGACUGAUCUGUAUUUCCCUGCACUGUCUCACUGAAACUGUAGGAUACAGUGACUAUGUUCACAUUACAGACUUUUAUAGUGAAUCCCACAACUGUUCACAUCUGCCUGCCAUUCUAAUAAAAAGACAUUGAGUAUACAGUAGAAAAGUUUAGUUGUUACACACAAAAAAGAAAAGAAAGAAAGAUAGAACCUUUUCAACAUUAAAAAUUAGACUAUACAUAUAGGUAAAGGGGAAAGCUGUAGAUGAUGCGUACAUUCUGGUUUAUAAUAUCUAACAUUUUUCUCUCUUUUUUUAAGAUAAAAUUGUCUUAAAAACAAUGUUGUUGAAUUCUCAAAUCAGAUUUGACAAAAGUUGAUUAAUUGUAUAUAAACUAUCUCUAGACCAUAGAGUUUGCUGUAAUACAAAUUACAUCUUCAUUAUAAUGCUUUAAUACUUCAUACUAUGAUUUACAUACAGUAGUAAUAUCUCUUUCACAGAGACAGAGGCAGAUUUACUUUUUUCCACCAGAUUAUUAUUUUUUAUUUAUAUAUUGAGUAAAAGAAAAAAAAUCUUUGUCUUAGAUCACAUAUAUCAUAUUUGCAGACUGGCAAAGGACUACAUCUCCACCAUCAUGGAAUAAUAAAUAAGUAACAGUAAGAAAAUAUUACUUAAAAGAAUGUUUAAAUAUUUUUUUGAUUUUAUUUCAAAAGAAAAGUAAGAACAGUAAGAAAAUAUCCCAUUCACAGAGACGUGUAUCGCAGAUUAUCCAUAUGCAAUAGUUUGGGUCCAAUAGAGGUAUAGUUCCCCCGCAGCAAGCAUUUGAAUGUACAAUUUAAAUUUGAAAUAUUUCAGUUGUCACAGAUGUUUUGUGCAUAUGACAAAUAAACUUGAACCUAGAGAUAUGUAUCAUUUGUAUUCCAUAUGAAAGUGGCCUACAUAUCUAAUAAAUGAAUCAGACUUUUGGGUAAUAUUUUAUUUUGUUGACAAAACCUGCAGGAAAUGUGUCAGGAAGCCAAUCAUAUGACCAAUUUAACAGCGCAGUACGAAUUUCUUAUAAAUUAGUACACCUUCAACAAAUUCCAUACAGACAAUAGUCUCUCAGCAGCUUUGGUGUUCAAACUUUGCAGAGCUAACCGACUAUAACUAGACACUCAACAAAGAAUCAUCAAGUAGGACAGUUCUGUGAUAAUUAGUAGAUAGUUACUUAAAAAAUGUAUUUGAUUAGUGUUGUUAAUUUUUUUGUUAAAAAAUAGACCUGUCUCACGUGUAGGCAUGUUUUGUUUUUCUAUCCUGUAAUGUGAACAUAAUCAAUCACUGCAUUGUCAUGGACAUGUGUUCAUCGCUAACUGCUUCUGGAGUUUACAUCAUGAGCAUCAAACAUGAACAUUUUAAAUGAUUAAUGAUCAGUCAGAUUUGAUUUGAGAAUUAAAGUGUAACCGGCUUUUAUCUAAAUGUUAGAGUAAUUAUAAUCAAUUCCAGAAAAUUAUGAUGGUGUUUCAUGCCAUUUAGUGCAAGCUUUUUCUCCUGUCCACAUCAUCAUCUAAUGAUUAGAAUAAAUGUAGAAGCACAACAGAGUUUGGACUCGCAGAGUUAAAGAGUGACUGUUUGAUAACACACACUGAUUAUGGCGGUAUGUAGAGAUUAGAAAACAUCACUGAAGCUAAUCUAAAACAUUUGUAAAUCAGUGAACAUGAUGUAAAACAUAUAUUAUGCCCAUUACAUCUCAUCUGGCAUUGAUGAAUGAUUACAGUGUUCUGUUUUGUUUUUUCACAUUCUUUCUUUUGCAUUUCUGUAAUCAAUAGAUGCCCUUGUUAAUAAGGCUGUAUAUUACAUCUGCUUAAUGUAGUAAGUAGUGAAAAUUGUUUGUCAGACAUUGGGACCCCACAUAUCAAGAAAUUUGUAUAUUAGCCUAUUAUUCACAUUAAUUAAAAUGAUCGCUUCUUUUUUGUUGUUUGUUUGUUUUUGGUUCAAGGGGAAUUUUAACAAGCGCGCUACAUCUUUUUUUACACAGUUUAAUUUCAGCAUAAGGUGUAUAUACUGUACAAGUAUUACAUUUGUUAUAAAAAACAUUUUGAUGUGAUGAUUUUAUUUCAGAUCUUAUAGUAAAAAUUGAAAAAAAAAACAACUUAGGUAUGAAAAGAGUAAAUAGAAGUUAAAUAUUCCUAUAAGGACUGAUAAUAGAUGCUGCAAAUUAAGGUAGUGAUGGAAAGUGGAAAUUUAGCACUUAAUUUAAACCCUUAAUGUACUAUUGGUCAGAGUGCAUACUGUAGUUAAUGGGCUUGAGGAAUUGAUAGCUCAGUUACUUAUGUAAAAUGAGAAUUAUUAAUGCUGAGGAAAUGAUAUGCAGUAGAGUGGAUAAAAUGGCUUUUAUUAAACUCCUAGCAUACAACAUACUGUACAGGCAGGCUCAAAUGUUAUAUUUCUAUCUUCACGCCUCAUCCUUAUAAGCUUUUCAUUAAAAAAAACAACAACAUUCAACAACAGCAUGACAUUAUUGUACAGUUUCAAUAGGUUGCAAACUUAGCCAGUUGUUGGCCAGAAUCUGAUGAAAGAUGUAGCACUGAGGAAGAGACAAAAGCAUUUGAUUUGACAAAAGGACAUCUGUGAAAGGAAGUGACUCAAUGUGUUUGUAUGUCACUUCAGACAGUAUAACAGGGUUUAAACAUUUUUUUUAAUGAGAAAAACCUGUGGGAUUGUUUAGAACCACAGCUGAAACACUGCCAUUGGUCCUGACAAAUUGUAGCUGAAAUGUAGGCCUAGUUCGUAGAAGAGGAUCUGACAGGAUUGGUGAUUUCUUUAAGAUGAGGUUAGGCAUAGACUAGUAUUAGGAAAGUAAUGACACAUGCAACUUUUUUUUUUUUCCUGCAUGUUGUGUGGGGUGAGAACAGUCAGGUAUUUGCUAGAGACCGGUCCAGAAUGACUUCUAAUUUAGGAAGGAACAACAGAUGUUGCUGUGACAAGAGAUGUGCAGGAAGCUAUAAUGCCUGGUUUCUGCCUUCAACCAAUUAUGUCUUUUGUCAAAACCUGCACUUACAGCUACAUUUACCCACCCUUUCUGUCUUUGCGUUUGACAUGGGAGGUUAAUUUUGAUGUUUUGAUGGAUAAUUCUGUUUUCUAUUCUUUUUGUAGGCUAAACAUACAAUAAUUGAACCUUCCCGUGAGUCUGAUACAUCUGAUAUUGAGGUUGUUUCAAUAAUAAUUUCUUGCUAUAGUUGACUUUCUCACAUCUUGUUAAUUUCUUUAAGCAUGACAAGACUGUAAGCUGUAGAUUUGUAAUAUGGCCUAUAAGAGGAUUUCAGAGUUCUCUGACUCAUGGAUUUAGCUACUGAAGGAAACAGAAAAUUACAAGAUUAUUUUGUUGUUGUUCCCCCCCUUCCUUUCAUCAAUUCUUAUUUUUCCACGCUACCAGAUUUUUAUUUAGCAGAGUGCACAUUGUUGUACUGACAGCACAGGUGCCGCUGAUGUCUUUGAGCUUCGUCAUUAGGAGGUUCAUCUCAGCACAAAUGUUUGCAGGUGCUGCGGAGUGUAGCUUUUUUUGAAAAGCUGUGAAAUUUCCUUCAGUUCAAGCGUAACCUGUAAUUGGGCCUGUAAUAUGUGAGGUGAAAUGAUCUUUAACACACCUGAAAACUCUCUAACUCUCAAAAUUUUAUUUCUGCCCUACUAGAUGCAGCAUGUUACGCUCUAAAACAUAAAAAUAAUGAAACACACGCUGAGAUUUGCCAAGUGUGUAAAUCGUGAUUAUAUGUAAAUGGGUUUUGUUCCAGAAUUUUGGCACAUAGCUUAGAUACAGUACUUUAUAUUUAUUUUAUUUUUCCUAGCAAAAAAAAAGAUUUUUUUUUUUUUUUUUUUUUUGGUUGUAAUAGCUAUUUUUCUUUAUAAACAGACUGGAGAAACCCCUAUCCAACCUGUAACUAUUAUUUAAGAAAUAGCAUUUUUUUUUCCAUACAAAACUGCCUGUUUAUGUUGUUUUGAUAGCAGGACAUCACAAACUACUCUGUGUUUAAAUAUGAAGAAAUACAAGCACUGUAUCAAUGCAAUUUCUGUACAAAAUGAAUAUUCAGUGUUUGAAUCAGAAAUUGGCUGCUGUAUAUUACAAAGAGCAUGUGAUUCCAUUCCUCACAAAGAGCUUGUGAUUUCUUUUUUUUUUUCUCCUUUUUUUUUACUUUUAUUCUCAGGAAUGAUUCUUUGGGGUUUUUUUAUAUAUAAUUUGAUUUGACAGAUUUGCAAAGCACUUCCCAUCUACUGAAGCUCUGAAGCUCUGUAUCUGUUACAUUUCCAAAUAGGCAAUCAUAAUGUUAAUAAAAAUCUCAGUGUUUAUUUAAGGGUUUGUUAUCUACUGCUGUCCUUUUUUUUCAUGAUCGCAUGAGUUUCACAAGAACAGACUUCAAUGGUGUCACCCAUCCCAUAGUGUUUGUACAAAGAAUUACAAUGGUCUUUUGUUCAUUUCUCACCAUAAAUAAAACAAUAAAGAUGAUAAUUACAGAAACAUUAACAAACAGUGUCUAUAUAAAUAAGCAUAAAGAAAAGAUACACAACAGUGAGAACUGCAUAUUUAAUAGAUGAAGUAUGAUGACAUGUUCAAUCUGUGUAAGUGUACAGUAUAAGAUUUCCUUUAACUGGGUAAAGGAUAUGUUGUGGGAAACCCGAGCUAGAACGAUCAUAUACACCAACCAACACCUACUGCCUUAUAACCAUCUGUUAUAAGUAAAGGCAAAUCUAGGAUUUGUGGAGAUUCAGUAUGAAUUAAGAGUGUGACGUAUUAAGCGUGUUAACAGUGAGCACUUCUCUUCAUGCCGAGUGGAUCAGGAAUACAGGAGCAGUAGGUAGCGCUUUUGGAUCCUCAGAGUAACUUGCUUUAGGCGAGUUGGCCUUUAGAUGACAGAGGCACCCGACAAAUGACGGGAUCUGUGCUUCUUGAAAAUGAAAACGCAUCAUUUUAAGUUAUGUCUUCUGCCUCUGUGUAUUCAUUUGUUCUGCAAUUUCUUUUCAAGUGUAAUUAAUAUGUAUGGAAUGAAACUCUUGAAUAAAUAAAUGCCAAAAUCA